GACUGUUGUGGUGGCACUGACAGCCGGACACAGAAAAACACAGAAAAAUGACACCGGUGACGGCGGAACAAGUCGAGAGAGCAGAGAGAGAGGUCAUGAGAUACGCAACAAAGGGGAUCCACUACUACAACGACGAGGAGCUGUUUUUGUUGCGCCAAAGAGCGCCGGCGUACUUCGACACAAGGGUUGACGUUCAGCGGUCAGUGGCAGCAAAUGGAGAUAGGUCAAUGAGAGCACAACAGUUGCUGCUGCGCUUACAUCAACAUGCCGACGUGCAUGACGACCACAUCAUGGCAUCUUGGUGUGCGAACACUCUUCACGAAGUUGUGGAUUGGAUGUGCAACGACAGAGACAUCGACAUGACAAAAAGAGAGGGAGGAGGUUCGUACGACACAGCAGCGUUCAAGAAGUUUGUGAGAUCUCGGGCGAGGGAAAAUCAAAUGUUGAAGACAGGGGGUGGUGAUGAAUUGAAGCCGGAUGCAGCAGAGAUAUUGGCACUGAGCAGGAUGAACGAGGGGCCUCGAAGAGAUCCUAUUGACUACCAUGAACUGGCGAUAAUGGUGGUGGACGGUGUCGAGUACGUGCUACUCGACCAGAUUGUCGACUUUAUGAAGAGUGGAGACGAGGACAGAAAUCUGAUUCACGAGGCAUUGUAUGAGGUGACGGAGAACGCAAUAGCAGCAGUGGAGGUUGUCGAUGUUGAGUGCGUAAAAGAUCGCUCACUCGACCUUGUAUCGGGAGAUCCUGUGCCCCGAUGGAACAUAUUCGAAGUUGUAGAGGAGCUGAUCGCGGCAUUGACGGCCGUGGACAAGAGGAGGAAGAGAAAACAAGGAUGGGAAAUCGUUCUCGCAGAACACAAUACCGCAAGGACACACACAAGAGACACGACGGUGCAGGACAGAGGUGACGCAGUAUCUCUGCCGGAUGCCAGGACCGUGUUGAAGAAUCCUGUCGCAGAUGCCGGGACUGUCCAUGGCGGAUUCAGGGAGUGGAGAUUGCCACCCAGACAUCGUUCAGGUGACUUCAACGAAGGAGGCAAACAAGCAUCUUGGCAGGGAGAUGAUGCGGUGGUUGGUUGUGACAACAAGGGCGAUGCACAGACAGGACCUCAACAAGAGAACCGGACUUUAUGGGGCUUGGGAGUGAGUGGCAGUGAUACCAGCAGUGACGAGGAGGGCAAGGAAUACGACCCUUAUUGGGACGUAAAGCGAGGUGGUGGUCAAGCCUCGAAAGGGUGGUGCCAUGCAAUUUUGAGGUUGGGGCGUGUUUUCUCGAAACCGCACCCGUUGAUACGUGUUGUGGACAAGGUGGCAACACCGUACGGGCGUCUCCCAGACAGCUUCGCGGCCGAUGUGUGGGAGCACCACCACCAGAAGUUUUGCAAACAGCCUUUCAUGUCGUCGAACAAGCGCAAAGCUGCGUUCCAAAUGGUAAAUCAUGUGCGACUGGCUGUCACAUUCGACGACGACAUUGAACGUGCACGGAAACAAAGGAAGAGGACAAUUGAGAAUCGGUCGUCCGUCAUGGAGUGCUCGGCAAGCGGAAUGAAUACACUUGCCGCACGCGAUACGGCGAAGUUGCAUCUCCGAUUUUUCCCCCGCGGAAAUGCGGGAUUAAAUGGGAACGAAGGUGCAACAGGAACCGCCAAUGUGAUAUUGGAUGCCCUCCCGUGCAAGGAGUUCUUUCGAGAGGCGCUUCACACGUACAUGUCGAAAAACGGGUGUAAUCCACCGCAUGCGGACAAGUUAAUACGCACGAGAACACAUCUUGCCAUCGCAGCAACAGUCGAUGAAACAACCAGGGGAGCACUUGUGCAAACUGCGAGGGCUUCACCCAACUUCCGCGGGAAAGCGGUGCACAGUGAUGUUGCUGUGAGGUCACAGACAGGAAGUAUAUGGUACGAAGAUCUUGCUUCGUCCUUAAAGCAAGUACAGGAAACACAGCCACUAGCAGGGCUGAGCGAAAAGACUGCGGUCAGAAAUAAGAAGGGGAAAUUCCAGAGACGGCCCCCGGAGAAAAGCAAGACAUCACCUUUGAUAAAGCCCCGCGCGGACAGUGCUGCGGUCAGGAGGCCGCCGAAAGCGAAAACGUCUGAAGCCAAUAAACGACAACGAGAGCCGGCCCCUGCCUCGCCGACAUCCAUGAAGAAUCGCAAGCGAAAGGACCGAUCCCCGCCACGGGCGCCGAAUAAUAGGUCAUGCGCAGAAAGGGUGGAAGGACAACCUCGGCACAACAACGCAAAUACGAAGAGGAGGAGAAUCAUUGAGGGGGUGGAGGAAGAGAAGGAGACAAUUGAUCUAAGGGGUUCCGAUGGUGUCACUGCAACCGACACCGAAAAACGAGAUGUGUCUCGGGACACAGCACGGAAGACACAAAGGUCCUACCCGUAUGAUGAAACAGAGGACAGUAGAGGACGUAAUGUGGGGACAUGCGACGAAGGUGAAUCAUACGAGGAAGAUGCAAGCAACGAAGAGGAGGACAGCGACAACGGGUCCAACAACACUGAGUACACCGACGACGAGGACGAAGAGGAGGAAGACCCAUCUCGGAGCAGCAGCAGGGAAGAAAGGUCUAGCAAAGACAAUACACAGAACACGUCUCGAAAAACGCAAGGCGGAACAAGCGACGGACGCAGAGAGGAUAGCAACGUCGACAAGCAGUAAGUUCUAAAGGAGAAGGCAAUCGAAGG